AUGGCGCGUCCCUACCGGCCUGUGAAGCCGAUCCCGUUUGAGCUACGGCAACACUGUGGUAUCUACUUCGAAGAACAGUUGCAUUGCCAUGCACUAAAUUUACUCCUAAGUCUCGUAUACUCCGGCACCGCUGCGUCAAGUGCCGCCUUCAUUCCACCGCCAGAGUUCCUCGCGCUUGCUGCUACCUUCAUCGUACAUCCAUCAACGACCACCCGUGCAAAAUCGAAGGAAAAACAACAGGCUGCCAAUCUAUCUCUGCAGUUACUCAGUCUAGUCAACUCUUUGGUAGGGCCGAUCGGUGCGAAAUUCGGGAUAGCAUUUACGUUUACUCAUUUUUCGACAUCGCGAUCCGGCGCAAAACGAUCAAUUGAUAAUUUUGACGGUGCGUCAGACGAGAUAGAAACUCUCAAUUUUGAGCUUGCCCAACGUGGGUCGUUAUGGUCUCGUGCGGGGGAUUUUUGGCACAUCGUUGGCUGGGCGUUUAAUUGUGCGGUCUUGCAUCCGAAUCGGUGGCCAAGAUGGAAAUUACUUCUGGAGUUCAUAUGUGACAUGCUUGAGGCCGACUGGAGGGAUAGGCUGCAACAGGGUAAAAAUCUAAAAGAUUAUGGUACGAAAGCUGAAAUACUUCGGGGUAGUAUCAUUUAUAAAUGGUUAGAGACGACGUCGUCUGGUGUUUCCAGUAGGGACAGGAGAAUUAUGAGAGCGAUUUUUGCGGAUGGAGCGUCCAACUCAGUGAACGAGUUCCGGGAGGUGUUUCAUAACGAGCUGAAAGAGCUACAAAAGGAGAAUAGCUUUUCACAAAAAAGGGACGUUGUUGUGAACAUCGAUGAGGACAUAUACGGAGACUACUUAGAUCGAGACGUUGAUGACGAUGAGGAAGAGAGUGAUUCCCCUCCAACUAUAGGGGGAGAAUUGCCCUCUCGCCCUAAGAGGCAACGGAGAGCGAGAGUGAAAAACUCUGGUGCCAUCGAUGUUGACCGGAAUCACGAUCUAUUGAAUAUGUCUUGUUCAGACAAUAUUGCUCUGCUAGGCGAUUUAGAGUGCCUUUCGCUUCGUCAACGUCUUCUUGCAAUUAUAUCUGCCGUCUCAGCGGCCAUUCCAGAUGAUUUUAUGCACAUUGAGCAACUUUACCACCUUAUGGUAGAAUUUAUCCUUCCUCUCCCGCUACCGAUAUUCCAACUCUUCGUCUCACCCUCUGUUCUUCUUAAUUUCCCUGUCGAUGCACAAGUAACACUAUGCGAAAUGUUGCUUGAACGACUCCGUGAAAAUAAAAAGCUUUUUUCCCAAGGGCCAUCAGUUUUCAAUCAGUCCAAACUUGAGCUAUAUCUACCUCUCACAGCGAACAACGCCGAUGUCUUUGACAACACCAGGGUAUCCAUAUUGCUCGAAUCUGCUAUCCGCCUGCUAUCUAUUAAUGGAUUGCUACGUGUAACCCCGUCCUUUAAACAGGCGCUUAAUGUCGGUAUUGACGCGAGAGGCGAGAAAGCUCAAAGCGACACGAAAAAAGGCCAGAAUCGAUUGAAAGCGGAGGAGCUGGCAUGGACGUGGCUGAUCGAGAGCGGGGAACGGUUGGCGUACCUUACUGAAGAAGUUUUUGAAGAGGAAGUAGAGCCCCUACGCGCUUCCUCAGCCUUGCGCAGCAAAAAGAAAAUAAAAGAUGAUACAUUGGGAUUUUUUCAUGUCUGA